AUGCUGCUAAGUGAGCUCUUCUUCUUUGGAUGGAGAAAAGCAUCCAAAUGCAAAAAACUAAUCAAAAGUGUGCAAUGUCGAUUAAAACUUCUCAAGAACAAGCGAUCCGCCAUGGCGAGAAUCCUUCGUCAAGACAUUGCUCUUCUUGUCAAAAUUGAUCAUUACCAUCUUGCCCUGUCUCGUGUAGAAGAUCUUUUCCAAGACGAAAACUUAGUAGAAUUGUAUGAUCUACUCGAUAAAUACUGCGAAUUCCUUCUACUCAACUUCUCCUAUAUCCGCAAACAUAAGGAUUGUCCAAAUGAUAUUAAUGAAGCAAUAUCUAGUCUUGUAUAUGCAUCAACCAGAUGUGGAAACCUCCCCGAGCUCUCACAGAUUCGACAACUUUUAUCAACCUAUUAUCGUCGUGACUUUUUCGUAUCCCUUCCCGGGAGUUUAAUCAAUUCUCAGAUUAUAGAGAAUGUUCUAUGUAUGGACAUAGCUGUACCGUAUGAAGUGAAGCGUAGAAUGGUGGAUGAAAUCGCGGGGGUUUCGACAGAGAUGAUUCGUUUAAGCUCGGGUAGUUCAAUUUUCUCGAUGGAGAGUUCAAAUGAUGCGAAGGAAUCGUCUUAUUCAAACUCAUCGCCUGCUAUGGAGAGUUUUAUUGUGUUGAAUCCAAAAGAUGGGAGGAUUAUGAAAUUGGAUUAUUCAUUAGAGAAUAGUUCGUCUUUGGAAAUGAUAUAUUUGGAUGACAUUGAAGAUAUGAUGCAAGAGAAACAGAUGAUUCCAUAUCAAUGGAAUAAUAAAGAAGAAGAUGAGAUGAACAUGAAAGACACUGAAUAUGCAAUGUAUUACAAAGGAUCAUUAUGGGAUUUACCCAUCAAAGAUAAAAAUCAUCCUUCUAAUUGUAAGCACGUACAUCCCAAGCUGCCUGAUUAUGAUCAAUUGGCUGCUAAAUUCACUGCCAUUAAGAGAUCUAAUCUUUACAAUUAGCCUAUAAUGGCAAGAACUUAUGAAAAUCAACAAU